GCAGCACUUCACUUCCUUCUCGGAGACGGUGACUACAAGUCAGCUGCUGUUUCUGGUUUGACUAUGCAGCCCCGCCACAGCUCUCAGCCCAAUUAAAUGACUUUCCUGAAGUCUUUGUGGACGCAACAUGUCAGCAUCAUCUGUGAUCUGCAUAGAAAAAAGAGCUGAGUACAAUCAACCUUAUCUCAAUGAAUCGUUCCUUUCAUGUCACUAGCAGAUGUUCAAUAUUCCAGGCGUGUUCAUCCUUGUUGCGUCACGUUUCAGACUGGAUCGCCCGAAGGGUCACGCUCACCUCAGGUCACCCAGAUCUCAGGUGUGCACACCUGAGCAGACGGCAUCGACGUAUAUGAGCUGCCACAAGGAAUCCACACAGUCAUGCGCCUCCACAAGCCGAGACUGGCACUGUCCUGUGUGCCUGCAGACAGCCAGCUUCCCCGUCCAGACCAACUGUGGUCAUUUGUUCUGUGCUCCCUGUCUGAUCGCCUACUGGAGACACGGGUCCUGGCUGGAUGCAAUCAGCUGUCCUCUCUGCAGAGAGAAGGUCAGCGUGCUGUGUAAUCUGUUUAAUGAGAGUCAUUCGGAUCGUCAGUCGAAGGAGGUUCUCGGGGAAAUCACAGACUACAAUAAGCGUUAUUCCGGAGCCCCACGAAGGGUAACAGACUACCUGUGUGACACACCUCUCCUCCUGCAGUUACUGGUGCGAGGCCUGGGCACCAUGGGAGUACUCGUGUGGCUGUUUUUCUUCAGGGUGGCGCUUUGCUGCGUGGGGACCGUGAUGUCCAUCUCCUCGCCUCCUCUGGAGACCAUUUCCUCAGCUGUAAGCCCCCUGGAAACAGACCCCUCCCUCUGUGGACUGCUGGGGGUCUUGGAUGACCUGGUGGUGGUCAUCCUGCUCCUCAUCUGCGUUAUCAACAUCAACCAGCAAAUGGCGCCAGAGAGAGGAGGACGCUCUGUAGAAGCGACAACCUCACAAGGAGUAAUGGGGAGUUCACUGUAGUGUCAGUACAAGUCUGACAUGGACUUUCAUUGGAUUUCCUCGCUCAGUCUGCAGCUAGUUGGAUUAGUAGAUGCAAGAAUAUUGACAAAAGCCCAGCAUGCAGCAGUGGAGAUGUCAGCCUGUGUCUGAGCCUCUCGGACUGUGGACUCAAGACUACAAGCAUGUUUUUUUUUUAAGUGAUAACAGAGCCUUGAGGGAUUUCUGAACACAAAGCCAUGCAGUGUGCUGGUUCAGCUGAGGUCACAAAUGCUUAUUGCUGAAAUUCCCAAGGUGUUCGGUUGGAAGCUCUUUAAUCAAUAUUAAAACAGAAAAAAUCUUUAUCACUCUCAAUUUAAUCUGUUGCUUCAGCUUAUAAAUUUGAACUGUAAUCAGGAUUCUUUAGCAUCUUACCCAUCAGAAAAAUGUUAUUUUUCCUCCUAACUGAACAGCAAUUUUCAAUUUUGUUUCAGAAAGCUUUAGAAAAGCUGUUGUUUCAGUACUGUAAUAUUGACAUGUAAAUAUAUUGUACGAAUUCAAGUUUUUUUGUUGUUGAAAAUAAAGAAUAUUUAUUGUCUUA